UCUUUUAGCUUUCUUGAAACCGCAAGACAAUAAUUUCUGGGCUCGAGGUUGAGUUCGGUUCGAAGUUUCGUUCGUGAUUUUGAAGUGACGAUUUCUUCAGGCUGUAAUGGCUUCCAAUCAGGCAACUUGUGAUGGAAGCCUCUCGUUAAUUGAUUUCCAAAUUGCUGCUAAUGAUUUUGCUGAGAAGUGGAAGAAGUUCAAUUCUGCUUAUCCUGAGUGGUUAUGGAUUGAUUGCUCAAACAGAUUAGGGUUUGCAGCUCAUGGAGUUAUCGAUGGAUACUUGUCACUACAGAAUGUGUUCAUUCGGAGAUCUCUCGAGGAAGAGCGUGAUGAAGGCGGUUGCAAUGAUGAUGAAGAACCUUUCGAUAAUGCCACUUUAGUGCAGAGUACCAGUGAUGAUGGAGAUCAAUAUCAUUUCCAUGUCGUAUACAGCCCUUCGUACAGGGUUCCAGUGCUCUACUUCCAUGUACAGAAUACCGAUGGACAACCUCUGAACUUAGAUGAAAUCAAAACGAACCUACCAACCAAAUCGGCCAAGGUGCUGCUAGAAUCCAAAUGGACCUUCAUAACUCAACAAGAGCACCCGUACUUGAAUAGACCGUGGUACAUGUUACAUCCAUGUGGGACUAGCGAGUGGAUGAAACUACUACUUGUUGGUGUCGAUAAUUCAAUGGCUACAAAUGGAACAGAGCGAUACAUGAUAUCGUGGUUUUCAGUGGUCGGCCAAGUGUUCGGUCUGAAACUACCCUUUGAAAUGCUGAAAAGUAUCGGGUGAACAUUUGUCGUCAUUAGCAAUGGAAAAUCUAAAGGUUUGUCGCAAAUUUUAGCAGUUAUGUGUACUUGUAUAUAACGGUAGCUAUGUAACUCUCCUAAUUUUUCGGUUUUUUGUGUGUUCUUCCAAGUGUGUUUCAUGUCAUGUUUUCGAGUCUAGUAAUGCGUAAAUAAAAGAAUGCUGAAAAUGAUGGAAGGUUAAACCGAA